CUCGAACAAGAGCGGAAAAAAACGACCAAGAACGAACAAACCGAACCCGACGUAAAAAGGGAGGCAAAAGAAACGUCUCACUGACCACCAUCAAUACCAUUCCUUAACCCGGUUCUCCAGCCCAUCCAAACUGAACCGGACCAAAAUCGCCACCUCCCUCCCUCCCUCCCUCCCUCCCCAAUUUAACUCUCACUCUGACAGAUUCCAAUCAUUUUCAAAACUGGUACUGACUAUGGAUCAAGGUGGUCAACCCGAGAACCUUUCCACGUUAUUAUCGGACCGAGUCUUAGUCAAUGGGACGGUGGUUCCCCUCACAUUUACCGGAGAUGGGAAGCUCCGGUGGACAGGUAAAGAUCAACGGUGCUUGACCAUGGAGAAGGAGGUUCUCGGAUUCGCCUUGGAAGGUACUAGAAUCCAAGUCAAGUAUGCUGUCGAAAAGGGAGAUGGAAUCUGUUGCCUGUGGAACAGGGGAGAUUUGGUGAGGCAGAGUUUCGUGUUCGAGCCUCUCUCAGAUGAUUCCCUCAGGCUCUGGUCGCAGAAGCUGCGUGAUUACAUCGAUUCUCUUGGACGGCCAAAGAGACUAUUAGUAUUUGUGAACCCAUAUGGAGGGAAGAAAUCUGCGACUAAAAUUUUCUCAGAAGACGUAAAACCUUACCUUGAGGAUGCUGAUGUCCAAAUUACGGUGAUAGAAACUAAACAUCAGUUGCAUGCAAAAGAAGUUGCCAAGACUUUGGAUUUAUCAAAGUAUGAUGGAAUUGUUUGUGUUAGUGGAGAUGGAAUCCUUGUUGAGGUGGUAAAUGGACUGCUUGAAAGAGAAGAUUGGGCUGCUGCAAUAAAGAUUCCUAUUGGAAUGGUUCCUGCUGGGACAGGAAAUGGGAUGGUAAAGUCUUUGCUGGAUGCAGUUGGUCAACCAUGCAGCACAUCUAAUGCCAUUCUUGCUGUUAUCCGAGGUCAUAAAUGUUCACUGGAUGUAGCUACUAUCUUGCAAGGAGAAACUAGAUUUUUCAGUGUGUUGAUGCUUGCAUGGGGUCUGAUUGCAGAUAUAGACAUUGAAUCUGAAAAAUAUAGGUGGAUGGGGAGUGCUCGUCUUGAUUUCUAUGCUCUUCAACGUUUAUUACAUUUAAGGCACUACAAUGGAUGUGUUUCUUUUGUGCCUGCUCCUGGCUUUGAAGAUUAUGGGGAGCCAACAGGUUAUCAUGGUGAACCUACCAGUGAAAAAAGCCCAACUGAGGAGAAUUCUGUGAAAACUCAACGGCAUGGGUACCAUGGGUCUGAUUUUAAGUUGGAGAAUAAACAUUGGAGGACUAUUAGUGGACCAUUUAUUUCAGUUUGGCUUCAUAAUGUACCAUGGGGAAGUGAAGAUUGCAUGGCUGCACCCAAAGCAAAGUUCUCAGAUGGUUGUUUGGACUUGAUUAUCGUCCGGGACAGCCCAAAAUUACCCUUGCUGUCAUUAAUGUCAAAGAUGAAUGAUGGGAGUCAUGUAAAAUCACCACAUGUUACCUACAUUAAGGUGAAGGCAUUUGUAUUGGAGCCUGGUCCACGUGUUGAGGAUCCGGCAAAGGAAGGGAUCAUAGACUCAGAUGGUGAGGUCCUUGCGAGGGGAAAAGGAACAUACAAGUGCGACCAAAAGGCCCUUAUGGCCUAUGAUAAGCUUCAAUUAACCCUGGAUCAAGGUUUAGCUACUUUGUUUGCACCUGUAUAGGCUUGGGUGUCGAUUAUAAAUGAAUCUUAUUUGCGAUCUCAUGGAUUUGAAAUGAAGAAACAAGUGUUUCACAGUUGUUUUUUUUAUUUAAUUUUGGCUGUGCAGAACCCACAAAGGAGAAAUAAAACGGAUUGGAAUCUGAAUGACUUUACUGUAUUAUUACAGCAUGAUUGCAACUAUUAUCUGGAAACAGAACAAGCACUCUGCUAUCACGGGCUUUGAACGUGUGACCGGUGAGGAGAAAGCCGCAUUGCCACCCGCAGCGGCUGACAGCCUCCUAACUAUUAACGUAAUGGGAAGCGAUUCUGAUAAGUGAUAACUGAGAGGGGCUUUGCUCUUUCCUGACAGAGUCCCAUUUACAUGGCCACUUUCUAAUCUUUCUUUUUAUUUUUUCCCUCUGUCUGUGUCUUUGGACUUGGGUUAAAACGUGAAGCAUGUUUGAAAUAGUGAGGCGUGGCCCCGUGGGGACAUGCAGCGGGUACGUUACCAAAAAGUAAACGCAUUCACAUACGAUUCCGUAAUGCCAUAAGUUAAGAAGGUCCCACUUUCAUGUGGGAACAGUAACAUAACACCGCUCUGUAUCUGCUUCUGUUUCUUUGACGGUUUGGUUUGGUUCGGUUUUCGGCGGGCGAUCUAAAACAAUGCGAGGACCUCAAAGACAAAAGAGUCAAAAGCCAUAUAGGCAAGGGCACUCUCACAUUCACACCCACACCCACUGACCAGGAAGCUCUCGAGUCUCCGACUCGACUCCCGUUCUGGAUGAGUUGGGUCCCUUUGACAAGGUCGAUGACACGACAACCAGAUCAAGUGAAUCCAGUUGCAGCACAUUAAAGUAGUUCCCAAUAUCAUGUCAGGCUUGAGAGUUGAGAUUUUCUUUGACGUCACUUUUGGCCUUUGGGUAUGGGCACUUCCCACUCUAGACUACCUACUUAUAUCGUAGCCUGUAAGAUUUUACUACUAUUAUGGCUUUGAUCAAGGUAUGCAUUUACACGGCCACGUCAUAUGUGCUGCAACUGGAUUUUCUUGCUUUCCUUCAACGGGGCUCUCAUUUCAUACAUGACUUUGAUAUAAUUUAAACAAUGGAAAUUUA